AUGCCGCCGGGCCGCGCGGCAGGGGAGAGCGGGCGUCUCCGGGGCUCGGGUCGUUGGCCCGGCGGGAGCCGGCCGGGGUCUGCUGCGGCGGCGGCGGCGGGCGGCGGGUCGGCUGCAGAGCCCCCGGGCGGCGGCCGCAGCGCUCGCAGCCCGCUGUCUGCGAGGUGUCCCGCAGCCCGCCCGGGGCCCCUUUUGCAGGCUCUGUGGCCGGAGUGCGCCGGCGCCGCCCGCCCGGCCCUGUCACCGCUGGCGCGGCCGCGGGGGCGGGGGCCUGGCUCCGGGUCCCCGACCCGUGCGAGUGUCCGCCCCGUGUGUCCGCUAUUUUGGCUCCGUCUCUUCUGCAUAUUUAUGAUCGUCCGUCCCAUUCCCUGGCCUCUGGGUGUCCGUUGGCAGUUUCCAAAUCACUGGGGCGUGCAGCAGCUUGGGGGAGCCUCGCAACAGCUUGGCGCGUGGCCCUGCACUGAGCGCCGCGGCAGGACCCCCGGCGCGGGGCCGUGGAGGCGAAGAUGCCCCGGGUUCGGGGAAGGCGCAGGCGCCGCGGCCGCCGCUUCCCACUUGAGUGCUGUGUGCUCCCGUGAGGGGCACGGUGGCAUCUUGAUUUCCCAACCUGGGUAGUCACCUGUGCCUUUUUGCCCUUUUUUGAUUUGCAAAAGCAAAACCGAUUCCUCCACGAACACUCCUAGGCUGCCUAGAAACUUCCCUAGACCCAAACUUGAGAACCACACAUAAACGUGCCUGAAUAGAGCAAAAUCGGGCUCGUGUUGAUUUAUGAGAAAGGCCCUGAGGAUUCUGUUGUCACGAACGGCUUACCUGAUGGCAAACGCUCAGCGAGUUCUAAAAUGAGAGGGCUGCUUUGGGCAGCACAACCGCCUGGCGGUCUGGCAGGCAGCAGGGCUGGAGGCAGAGGUGAGGGACAGAGAUGGACUAAAACAGCAGCUGGGAGCCCACCGUGGCCCAGCCUGGUGGAAAGGAACCUCCUUAUCCUUCUCCUGUAUGAAACAGGACAGCUCAGAAGAUUACAUUUCUAAAUUAUUCCCACGACCAUCCUCCAUGAAAUUCUGUUUGGUUGUGUUUGGUCAAAACUGAGCCUUCCUGAACCAAUAGAGAACAAAUGCUCUGUGCAAAUCUUCAAAAUCAUUUUGAAAAUCAAAAGGUAUGCAAAAUGUUAUGGCCUCCAAGGUUCCUUUCAGCUCAAACCCUAUUCUCUGAUCUUUCAUAGUGAAACAUCAGCCCCAUUCCAUUAAGUACUGAUUGUCAAGAAUGAAGUAGGCUUUUGUUGCUGUGUUUAUGUCAGUUACCAUUUACUGUCUCACCACAUUUAUUGGGUUAUUGCACCUGCCUUUCACUCAACAGGAGCUGGAAGGGAAGGAGUCCCAAAUUCUGUUUCCUACAGUGGUAGGAAUGAGUUUCCUUCAUUUUCUGUAUCAGGCCUGGGGAAAGACAUUGUGUUCCAAAGCCUGUGCCUGUCCUUUGAAAUAGCAAGGAGAGGAAGAGAGCAGCAGUUGUCUAGGCUGGGUACUGAAGGUGUUAAGAGCCAGCAAAAGGAGCAAACUGGAAAUGGGGGAAAGUUGAGGGAUUUGCAACUUCUCAUCUUUUGGGUCUUUUCACUGGAGCUGCAUUGUUUUAUCUGACUGUUGUGAAAUUGCACAAUUUCAAACCCAUAUUGAAGUCAACAUACUAACAAGCAUUUUUAAAACAAACAUUGAUAUUUUUCAAUUAACACUAUUUUCCCCUGUAAAGGAAAGUGAUGAAUAUUGGAUGUGAGUUCAGAAAUGAGAAGUUGAAUCUUGCAGUUGUUGCACCCACUAUGUGACUACUGUUGCAAAACACAAAAAUAUCAUUUUUAAAAGAAUGGAAAUUUGGUGAGUAGUAUACACAACAUUAAAAACUAAAUUACAGAAUUUCAUAUUUCAGUAAUUAAAGAUUUAACAAUUGAGACCUGCGACUAAACAAAGUACAUUGAAUGCAUUGUGCAUAAACCAUGGAUUCAAAGCUCCAGGAUAUCUUUGUAAUGAAGCCUAUAAACUCUUAUUGCUUAAUGUCCGAGCCAAAUCAUUAUGGUCUACCAUUUCAUGAAAUAACAAGAGUUUUAAAAUAAGUGAUGUUUUUCAGUUUGUAUAUCUGCAUUCUUUUUUACUAGGAAUAACACAAUGUAGUACAAAAAAUGUUGGGCCUAUAGUUAUAACUUGGAAAAGACACUGUCUUGGAUGUGUAUUUACCGUGUGGCCCUGGAAAGAUAACCGCUUGGGCCCUUGGUCGUUGGGGGUAAUACCCAUUCUAUAAUGGGAGCUGAAAAACAUACAAUUUUAUUUUUUUCUUUCUCCUUAGCAGUAACUUUGAAUACUUCCUUUCAUUUAGACUACAUAGUUUUCAUUUUCCAACUACAAAGCGAUUUAUCUUUUGAUGGCACUUCUAGUAUAUAGCCCCUAAUAAAUGUGUGAAAUUAGUUUCAUACACUUUUCCAGAGUAACAAAAACAUCAAAGUGCUUUGUUAACUUGAAAGAACUCUGAAUCAUGAAAAGGCCAGGACUCUAUCGCCCUCCAACUAACGUCUUUGCCCAAAACAGCACAGGUGACCCCUCCCUCUACUUCAUUUUGUCACCUGUAGAGUAUUGGACUAAAUGGUUCUGAUUACCUCUUCUAGGUCCCAAAUAUUGUGUUAAAAUCCAUGCAAACCCUUUUUUAGAUUCCUGGAACCCUGGGUUAAAAAUAGUAGAUAGACUUGUACUAUCAAGAUCUGUAGAAAAGUAUGAAAUCCUUAAGAGAGUCACUUUGUAAUUGGGUCUAAAUUUUGAAUGCAGGGAAUUCAAAUGCAGUAACUGUUGAUACCACAUCAAAGGCAUGUAGGUUUUUAUGCACCUUCUUUAUGCUCUAUGCUUACUCCUUCAUCCUUUGGCAUGAGGAGUGAUGAGCUCUCCCUGACCUUCCAGAACUCUAAGGCUGUUGUUCUCACCCCAGGCCUCAGGGUUUCUGUAUUUUGAACAAGUUUCCUGUAUUGUACUUCAUGCAUACCCUAAAUGUGAGAACACUGCUCUCAGGUGGCCUUAAGCAACACCUGAAGUGGUAUUUGAGACAAUUACUUAGUAAUCAUUGUAUAGUUAAUUUUGUAGUAUAGAUUCAGACAGGAUAGAACAGUUUGAAUUGCAUCUGUAUUUCUCAGUUGAAAAUUUACUUGAAUAUUACAUGACUCCUAUUCUCCGAACCAUAAAUGCCACGUGUCUGUAUUCACAAACUGUACUCCUGAAUUUAAUUUAUUUAUCAUUUUGUCUUCAAAGAGAAAAAUAAGAGUUGAUGUUUUUAAAAAUCUGAACAACUGAUGUUCUAAAGAAAUAAAAUAUACAGCUGGCCCCAGAGCAAGCCUUUGCACUAAAUUUAUGUGAGUUUAUUGAAUCUCCGGGUUCCAGUAAUAAUAUUUUCUAUCUUUGGCAAUCAUUUUUGGACUGAUACUCAUUAUGUUUUAUCUGCUCUGGGCUUUAUUCCAUGGAUUUUUAAAGGACACUAGCUCAGUUUGUUUCUGGGAGAUGUAACACAAAGUAGAUAAUAGCCUUUAAUUCUAAUAUACCUAUUACAACUUAAAC